CGACACACGCGGACGCCUCGGUCUCUCCACCCUCCUUCACUGUGCUACUUUUCGAUCAGAGACACUCCUGCGUCUCCUCCCCUUGCGUGAGUCCCUUCUUCCCUCUCCGCAGCCACCCGCUCACCCCUCAGGCGGACGGCGCUGCAGAGCGAGCAGUGCGCGUGCGCGCGCGCGCGCGCGCGAGCAGACGCGGGCACGCGGCCGUCGGGUCCCCGCGCUCCCUCCCCCUCCGCUCCUCUAUAACUUGGCUGGCGAGGAGGAGGCGCCCGCGGAGUCGGAGGGCGGGGAGCUCAGAGGAGGGAGCUCCAGAGUUGUAGAGACUAGUGACUGGGAGAAGUCGCAACCGGCUCCGGUCGGCUCCUUCCCGCUCCCUGUCUCCCUCUCACACACUACUCCGCCUCCCGCCCCAGCCCGCGCCCUCUUCUGCUUCUCGCCCGGGGGCGCCUGCCCGUCGCAGGCAGAGUCUCGGUGCGGCGGGGGCGCCCCGGGGGUGCCCUCGCCCUCCCGGUGAGGGCGGACGGGUGGCGGGCGGGAUGUGGCGCCUGGUGCCCCCGAAGCUGGGCCGCCUGUCCCGCUCGCUGAAGCUGGCGGCGCUGGGCAGCCUGUUGGUGCUGAUGGUGCUGCACUCGCCGUCGCUGCUGGCCUCCUGGCAGCGGAACGAGCUGGCCGACCGCCGCUUCCUGCAGCUCAAUAAGUGCCCGGCGUGCUUCGGCACGAGCUGGUGCCGCCGCUUCCUCAACGGGCAGGUGGUGUUCGAGGCGUGGGGUCGCCUGCGCCUGCUGGACUUCCUCAACGUGAAGAACGUCUACUUCGCGCAGUACGGCGAGCCCCGCGAGGGCGGCCGCCGCCGAGUGGUGCUCAAGCGCCUGGGCUCGCAGCGCGAGCUGGCGCAGCUCGACCAGAGCAUCUGCAAGCGGGCCACCGGCCGGCCCCGCUGCGACCUGCUCCAGGCCAUGCCCCGCACCGAGUUCGCGCGUCUCAACGGCGACGUGCGGCUGCUCACGCCCGAGGCGGUGGAGGGCUGGUCGGACCUGGUGCACUGCCCUUCGCAGCGCCUGCUCGACCGCCUGGUGCGCCGCUACGCCGAGACCAAGGACUCCGGCAGCUUCCUGCUCCGCAACCUCAAGGACUCGGAGCGCAUGCAGCUUCUGCUGACCCUGGCCUUCAACCCCGAGCCGCUGGUGCUACAGAGUUUUCCAUCUGAUGAAGGUUGGCCAUUUGCAAAAUAUCUUGGCGCUUGUGGAAGAAUGGUGGCUGUAAAUUAUGUUGGAGAAGAGCUGUGGAGUUACUUUAAUGCACCAUGGGAAAAGCGAGUUGACCUUGCUUGGCAAUUAAUGGAAAUAGCAGAACAGCUUACAAACAAUGACUUUGAAUUUGCACUCUACCUCCUGGAUGUCAGCUUUGACAAUUUCGCAGUUGGGCCUAGAGAUGGGAAGGUAAUCAUUGUGGAUGCUGAAAAUGUUUUGGUUGCUGACAAAAGGUUAAUUAGACAGAAUAAACCUGAAAAUUGGGAUGUAUGGUAUGAAAGCAAAUUUGAUGACUGUGAUAAAGAGGCUUGCUUGUCAUUUUCAAAAGAAAUUCUUUGUGCUCGUGCCACUGUGGACCACAAUUACUAUGCUGUUUGUCAGAACCUCUUAUCCAGGCAUGCCACCUGGCGUGGCACUUCUGGAGGACUCCUUCACGACCCACCAAGUGAAAUUGCCAAAGAUGGCCGACUAGAGGCCUUGCUGGAUGAGUGUGCCAACCCAAAGAAGCGCUAUGGCAGAUUCCAGGCUGCAAAGGAACUGCGUGAAUAUCUAGCACAAUUAAGUAACAACGUGAGGUAGUCUAUGAUGAACUUUUCUCUUCUCUAUUUAAGGUAGCACUGGCUAAAACUAUACCACCAAAAGCUAUCUGGAAAAAUGAAAUUUAGAAGCAUUACAUUAGGAGGAUGAUAAACUUGCACUGAUAGAUUAUAUGUUAAUAUCCAUCCAAUAUAAGUAAGAAGUUACUUCAAAAAUCACAGAAUGCUUCUACAAAUAAGUUUAUUCUGACACUUUGGAGACUUAAGCUGUCAUUGACUGCUUUGCACCCCUUGAAUGCGUGGGUGGAUUAAUUAAUAUUGUUAAGCUAUUGGAAAUGAAUCUGAUAGUUACAUCAGCUUGUGUAUCAAAGGGUACUUGGUACUUGACAUAGUUUGCAUUACUAUCAUGAUUUUGUGAAUCUCUUGCAUUUUAUUUUGAAUGACAAUUUAGAUUGGCCUGUUUUAUAGGCCACUUUUUUCUUCUGAUGUGUAGGGUUUUUCUCCCCCACUUGUUAUGUUUUCUGUUAAUUUUUACAUUCAGGUUAUUAUAGGUAUUUGCUUAAAUUUUGACUAGUUUUCAUUCAAUGCCAUGUGGUACACAUUUACUGUUUAGGGCAGUAUUCCCAAUUUAUUGUCAUUUUUUUCAGAAAGCUAAAUAGUUGAUUAUGUAAAUACUUUUCUCCCUACCUUCUGUGGUUUCACCAUUGCAUGAGCUCAUUUAAGGUUAUUUAACAGUUAUAUCCCCUUAUGCCAAUAAUAUAAGUGUAUACUAAACAGGAAGUUUGGCAUAUGUUGAAAGAAGUGAUAUCGUUUCUAAACGGUUUUAAGAAGACUGUAUUAGCAAUCUAAACCUUGAUCUUAAUUUUGGUUGAGAAAAAAUAUAUAGCUCAGUAUUUUUUAAAUGCUAACUAGUCCAAGGUAGUAAUGCAUAUGCCAAAGAAUGUUAAAUUUUAAAAUUGAUCACUGACCUUUUCUUAGGAUCCCACUUCUACUUCUUUAACUGUCAUUACUAAAUUCAGAUCUCCUUGGCUUUUUUUUUUUUU